GACGUUAAGUAAAAGUCAUCCUUAAGCGCUAAAGAGUCCGUUUUUGUUUGUGGUAAAAAACCGUCAUAUAUGUUUUUAAGUGUAAAAAGCGACGAUGAAAAGGAACUAAUUAUUGUUUAAGACUGAAGAAGAGUUAAAAUAGCAGCACAUGUGAGUUCUGUUUAAUCUCCUGUGUGAAGGUGAGGACGCAGAUCAUGGGGGACUGUUUACACACCUCAGCUGACAGUUUGUCUAAACUGGUGAAAUGGGCACACAGUCACGGGACGAUCUGCACACUCAUCCCGAGCCUGAAGCACUUGUUGACGGAGGGAGCUCACGGACACCUGACAGCACUGUGGGGUUGCAGCGCCGGUCAUGCUUACCACUGGCCCUUAACCUCCUCCUGUAAAACAGCACACAAGGAUCGACUGUGUUAUGAGCGCAGCAGUCGUGGGAUCAGUACCGAAUCUCUGAUGCAGGGAGCAGCGUCCAUGCAGAGCAGCUCGACACAGAGGUUCCACAGCAGCGCAGCCAAAACAAGCAAAGGUGACUCGAACCAGACCCAAGACUCGUACGACUUCUCCAAUUGCAGUGAGCCAUCUGAGAUGGAUGAUAACACAGAGGAGCACCUAUUCGACAUCGUGUGUGAGUCCUCCGCCACCGAUGAAGAGGGUGAUUCAGAGCCCAGGGUCACGCCCAGAAAGCGAAGCUCUAAGGGCCCUAGCUCGGACGACUCUACCGAUCCAGGCACAAAGAAAAUCAAGCAAGAGCGAGCUGAAGACUAUUACACGGUGGCUAAUGCACAAGCUGCCUCAGAGGGUGCUCCAUCAUCCAGCAUCUCCCAGUCACCCAAACCAAACUCUCAGAUCAGACCUUCAUCCAGAACUUCAGCACCACACAAUCCACAGCUACUGGAGGACAGAGAUCUGUUGGGCGUGUCCUCCUCACCACCGGAGAACUCCUCCUCAUCUGCGACCAAACACUUGCACACGCCGAUCAGUGGCUCACAAAGCAGAACACACAUGAACUCGCACAUGAUCCCUGGGAACAACCAGAGCACGUCGUCUCUGAGCCAACCAGGAAGGAGUGACAUGGUGGAGGUGCUUCCUAACGGGGAUUUCAGCCUGCCUUUUGAGGAUCCCUCGGGUGUAGUGCACCCUGAAAUGGACAUUUUAGCAGCACAGAGUCUCAGUGCCGAGCCCAAAGGUGACACAGGUUGGGAAGAAGACAGCGUAAUGGUCCUGAAUGCCUCUCAGGGAUGUCUGAGCUCGGAGGAAUCGUUCUGGCCGUCCACGUCGGAGCUCUGUCCCAACGCUGAGAGUCAGUCAGAAGAGAGGAAGCAGCUGGAGGACUACAUCACCAGCGUGGAUCCUGUAACAUUACGGAACCUCCAAGUGGUGAUCUCACGGGUUCUCAGGUUCCACGAGCAGACCCACGUGCAGGUUCACAGCCCUCCUCGUCCAGGAGAACAGGAACUGUUUCCAGGUUCUGGACUGUUCCUCCCUCCGUAUAAACUGGCCUGCAUCCACCAGGAGUCUCGUCAGGACAGCAUGAGGCUCUUCCACCUGCUGUUCGAACACUUCUUCACCGAGGAGGACCUCAUCGGAGCCGUGGCUUUCGGAAAAAGGGGCAAAGUGCCGGAUGGGAAAAAAAUCCUGGACAGAAGAAAAGUUGAUGGGAUUAUAUCAUACGUCCUGCGGUGUUCCACACUGGACGGAUGGACGCCGGUGGAAUCUGCGAAGCUUAAGAAAGCGUGCAUCAACAAGUGCAGACUGAGAAUCGGCCAGAGGAAGAAGUUAGCUCAGGGGCCGUAUCUGUUCCACAAGUCUGGACCGUCGUAUAUCUGAGUUUAGACGCCAUUGUAAAUGUACAGGAGUGAAACGUGUUAAAUUUCUUCUCUACAUCUCUUACAGCUGUUUAUAAAAACAUUUUAAAGCUCCAUCACGUGUUUAUCACAUCAGUGAUGCAUGUUCUCCAGAACAGAAACGUCGCAGUCACUGCCGUGAGAAGUGAAACAAGAUCCGUGUAUCUGCGCCGUCGCUGCUACGUCAUGUGAUGGUGUAACCAGAACAGAAAUCUUUCCUCUCGUAGCUCGUAUCUGCUGAUGAGGAGGAUGUUUGUCUUCUCUGUAGCUUUAGAAAAUCACAAGCUGGACAUCUCGGUCGUGUUCAGGUUGUCCGUCCAUCGGAGACACAGCUGAGGAACGGAUGGUUGGAGUUUUGUAGGAUUUCUGUGGAACGAUCAGUGACGUGACAUACGGCUAAACAUGGUGACCAGUCAGACCAGCAGAUGAACCGAUGACGAGUCGGAGUAGAUUUUCAGCAGCAUUGUCCUGAUUGGUCAGGAUGUGAUCAUGUUCCACAUACAUGAGCUCACAGAUCGACUCACUCGUGAUUGGCUAGUGUCCGUGUGAUUGACAGGACAGAGAGAGAAACCCCUCCCACUCAGCACAGAUACUUUUGAAUGAUCAGGAUUCAAAUUCUAAAGUUCCUUAAGUGAAAAUAGAAAUAGAUUAUUGUGGACUUUUAUGAGGAAUCACGCUGAGUUUUUAUCACGACGGUGUAGAGAUGGUUUUAGGGUUUUAUAAAAGUUUCUUUGUGAACUUUGUAGCAAAUUUCGUGCUAUUUUAUUAUCUGUUUAACAUGGGACUAGUGUUCAUGGUGUAAACUAAUAAUGUGGAGAUUUUUCAGUGUCUGAUCUUUUAUGUGUAUUAUUUUGUACAACUGGUUCUGCUUCAGAUAUAUUUGGGUUUUGUACAGAAACACAGGACUCUGUUCAUGUGAUUAAACUUUCACGUGUUUUUAAUUGUUUUAAUGAUCUUGUUAAUGUGUAAGUUUUACUUGUGUGUGUGUGUUGUGGUGUGACAUCAGGUGAUAAACAGUUUGGUCUGAA